CACACAUCUGCCAGCCAGACUACCUUCGUACACAAUUACUCAAUCCACCGUAAGGCUCUUUAAUAGGAAACAAGUGUGACAACGGCAAGCCUCCUUUUUUUUUUUUCUCCUCCCUUUUAAACCACAGAGUCAAAUAGCUCUAAUAGAGAUGAAGCCUGAUAGAUCCGCCCAGGUGUAGGUGAAAUGGUAGAGCCUCAGGGGUAAUAGAUUCUGUGCUCUCGUGCUGAAGUUUAGUGCUGUGUCCUGACGGGCUCUCUAGCAUCAGUGUGAUGGGCUGCUCCUGGUACAGUUACAAAGUGAACAUGCUUCUUGCCGCUCACAUUUAUGCCUAAUCUGGAGGGCAACCUGGAGCUAGGUAAGAACAGAACAGACCUUUGACUUCAACGCAUGGACAAAGGACAACAAAUGCAAUGAAACCGAAAGCCAUUGUUGCAGUGAUGGAAAACACACAGCCAUGGAGGGUUUGGAACUGAUUCAGAUCUCCAACAAGAUCCUGACUUACGUGCGGCUCAGGGAUCUGGUCUUUUGCUCAAUAAAGAAUAUUUAAAAAAACGAUCCAUGGGACAGUCUAACAUAACAAAGGGAAUUAUUCAUCAAGAAGAGGCCCUUUAGCCGGGUAUUUAAAGUGCCCAGGUACUUACAAUAACAAGUUGGACUGAACACAUUGUAUCUCAGGAAUUAAGAAUUUUUCCUAAAAGAAGGCUGAGAUCAUGCACAUCUGAGAUGUGUUAGUUGAAAUUCCACACAGUCUUCAAUUGCCAAGUUUCGAUGGAAUGAACAUAAUACUAAAAUUUCCAGAUUGUUUGAACUUCUCUGGCCGCACAAUACAGGAAGGAAGACUAAAGCAGCAAAGGGACCUACAGCGUCUGCAGCAUGGGCUGGUUAACUAGGAUUGUCUGUCUUUUCUGGGGAGUAUUACUUACAGCAAGAGCAAACUAUCAGAAUGGGAAGAACAAUGUGCCAAGGCUGAAAUUAUCCUACAAAGAAAUGUUGGAAUCCAACAAUGUGAUCACUUUCAAUGGCUUGGCCAACAGCUCCAGUUAUCAUACCUUCCUUUUGGAUGAGGAACGGAGUAGGCUGUAUGUUGGAGCAAAGGAUCACAUAUUUUCAUUCAACCUGGUUAAUAUCAAGGAUUUUCAAAAGAUUGUGUGGCCAGUAUCUUACACCAGAAGAGAUGAAUGCAAGUGGGCUGGAAAAGACAUCCUGAAAGAAUGUGCUAAUUUCAUCAAGGUACUUAAGACAUAUAAUCAGACUCACUUGUAUGCCUGUGGAACGGGGGCUUUUCAUCCAAUUUGCACCUACAUUGAAAUUGGACAUCAUCCUGAGGACAAUAUUUUUAAGCUGGAGAACUCACAUUUUGAAAACGGCCGUGGGAAGAGUCCAUAUGACCCUAAGCUGCUGACAGCAUCCCUUUUGAUAGAUGGAGAAUUAUACUCUGGAACUGCAGCUGAUUUUAUGGGGCGAGACUUUGCUAUCUUCCGAACUCUUGGGCACCACCACCCAAUCAGGACAGAGCAGCAUGAUUCCAGGUGGCUCAAUGAUCCAAAGUUCAUUAGUGCCCACCUCAUCUCAGAGAGUGACAAUCCUGAAGAUGACAAAGUAUACUUUUUCUUCCGUGAAAAUGCAAUAGAUGGAGAACACUCUGGAAAAGCUACUCACGCUAGAAUAGGUCAGAUAUGCAAGAAUGACUUUGGAGGGCACAGAAGUCUGGUGAAUAAAUGGACAACGUUCCUCAAAGCUCGUCUGAUUUGCUCAGUGCCAGGUCCAAAUGGCAUUGACACUCAUUUUGAUGAACUGCAGGAUGUAUUCCUAAUGAACUUUAAAGAUCCUAAAAAUCCAAUUGUAUAUGGAGUGUUUACGACUUCCAGUAACAUUUUCAAGGGAUCAGCCGUGUGUAUGUAUAGCAUGAGUGAUGUGAGAAGGGUGUUCCUUGGUCCAUAUGCCCACAGGGAUGGACCCAACUAUCAAUGGGUGCCUUAUCAAGGAAGAGUCCCCUAUCCACGGCCGGGAACUUGUCCCAGCAAAACAUUUGGUGGUUUUGACUCUACAAAGGACCUUCCUGAUGAUGUUAUAACCUUUGCAAGAAGUCAUCCAGCCAUGUACAAUCCAGUGUUUCCUAUGAACAAUCGCCCGAUAGUGAUCAAAACAGAUGUAAAUUAUCAAUUUACACAAAUUGUCGUAGACCGAGUGGAUGCAGAAGAUGGACAGUAUGAUGUUAUGUUUAUCGGAACAGAUGUUGGGACCGUUCUUAAAGUAGUUUCAAUUCCUAAGGAGACUUGGUAUGAUUUAGAAGAGGUUCUGCUGGAAGAAAUGACAGUUUUUCAGGAACCGACUGCUAUUUCAGCAAUGGAGCUUUCCACUAAGCAGCAACAACUAUAUAUUGGUUCAACGGCUGGGGUUGCCCAGCUCCCUUUACACCGGUGUGAUAUUUACGGGAAAGCCUGUGCUGAGUGUUGCCUCGCCCGAGACCCUUACUGUGCUUGGGAUGGUUCUGCAUGUUCUCGCUAUUUUCCCACUGCAAAGAGACGCACAAGACGACAAGAUAUAAGAAAUGGAGACCCACUGACUCACUGUUCAGACUUACACCAUGAUAAUCACCAUGGCCACAGCCCUGAAGAGCGAAUCAUCUAUGGUGUAGAGAAUAGUAGCACAUUUUUGGAAUGCAGUCCGAAGUCACAGAGAGCACUGGUCUAUUGGCAAUUCCAGAGGCGAAAUGAAGAGCGAAAAGAAGAGAUCAGAGUGGAUGAUCAUAUCAUCAGGACAGAUCAAGGCCUUCUGCUGCGUAGUCUACAACAGAAGGAUUCAGGGAAUUACCUCUGCCAUGCGGUGGAACAUGGGUUCAUACAAACUCUUCUUAAGGUGACCCUGGAAGUCAUUGACACAGAGCAUUUGGAAGAACUUCUUCAUAAAGAUGAUGAUGGAGAUGGCUCUAAGACCAAAGAAAUGUCCAAUAGCAUGACACCUAGCCAGAAGGUCUGGUACAGAGACUUCAUGCAGCUCAUCAACCACCCCAAUCUCAACACGAUGGAUGAGUUCUGUGAACAAGUUUGGAAAAGGGACCGAAAACAACGUCGGCAAAGGCCAGGACAUACCCCAGGGAACAGUAACAAAUGGAAGCACUUACAAGAAAAUAAGAAAGGUAGAAACAGGAGGACCCACGAAUUUGAGAGGGCACCCAGGAGUGUCUGAGCUGCAUUACCUCUAGAAACCUCAAACAAGUAGAAACUUGCCUAGACAAUAACUGGAAAAAAAAUGCAAUAUACAUGAACUUUUUUCAUGGCAUUAUGUGGAUGUUUACAAUGGUGGGAAAUUCAGCUGAGUUCCACCAAUUAUAAAUUAAAUCCAUGAGUAACUUUCCUAAUAGGCUUUUUUUCCUAAUACCAACACCUAACAGAGAACACAGGUGAAUGCAGAUGUUCACUUUAGCAGACUUAAUGUUUCCUAUGAGAUUUCACUGUACAGGUUUGUCUUUCUUCUUUGCCUGAGAAAUAAAAAUGUCAUUUGCCAUAUUGCCAUCUAAAGGAGAAAAACUGCAUCAGCAAAGCCAUUGUAUUGAACUAAAAGUUUAAAAUGAACUGCAUGGAUUUACUAAGCUGAUGAAUACUCCAAAACGUGGUUGGAUUCAAGGAUAUAUUUUGUCUACCGGCCCUCAUGUUUGUAUGUACUUGAGGAGUAAAAGGAGUAAAAUGAUACUGAAUGAAAUGUUCUGCGGAAAUAUUAAAAAAAAAAAAACAUAAGCCAUCCAUCACCCGGAAGAAAAAUGGAAUACACUGAUCUACUACUGAUGUCUUCUUUCAGCUUUGAUCUAAAGAUGUAUUUUAUUAAAACUAUAAUUUAAAUGUACCAUGAAAAAUAUGCAGUAAAAAUUAGUUGUUUUCUAAGCUAGAGUAGGAUUUGUCUUACAAUUAUUGUGCUAUGUAGUUUUUGUUUUAAAAAUUCCAAUGGUGUGCUGCUUUCUUCGGACAUUUUAUUUUCAAUUCUAUAAGAGGGAUAGAUGACAUUGUUCUAGAAACACAUAUACAUCAUUAAGAGUGAAUCUCUAAAACCAGGAUAUAAAUUAUGCUUUAUUUCUCUGAGAAAAUCAAACAAAUGGAAGCUGUUCACACCUCCCCUUCUUUAAGCGUUAUCUAAAUUAAUUUUUACUUGCAUAAUGUUCUUAGAAAAAAAAACAGAACAUUUAAGCAGGAAAAAAGGAAGAAACAAAUUGAUUUUUAAGUGCAUUUUACUAUAAUGAAUCAAUGAAGGGAAAAGGAACUGCAUAUUUCAUGAAAAUAAUAAGCAUUGUCUUAAUAUACUGUUAAUAGAAAAUGUGUCUUAAUUCUGUGCUUUAAUCCCUGCAUGAUAUUUGAGACAAAGAUCUCUCUUAUGAUUCUACUAAGAAUUAUAUCUGUGUCACUUAAUUUUUUUAAAAGAGAGAGAUCAAUAACUAUUCAGAGCAACAUGUUAAAGGCAAAGUUUCCAAUCAUUUACAUCUGUAUCAGGUGCCUCUUACCUUUCCUUAUUUAAGACAAUUAUUUGUACAAGAAACACAUGACUCUUUUCAUGUCAAUGGGAGGGACUUUUCUACGAAGUAUUUUCCAGGAUGCAACCCACAUUUAAACAAUGUAAAACUCUUUGUUUCCUGCAACAACUUACAAAGUAAGGUAAAAGACUAAAAUUCAAGAUUUGCUUCCUUCAUUGCCCUAAGACGAUUCAUUGAGAAUCACUGACUUUGAGAUAUUUGAAACUUUCAGCAUUAUACUGUGGUUUCUUUUGCACUGCACUCACCUAUUCAGGACUCCUCCCUCAGGUUCCUCAUCAUGCACAAAAAUGCAAAGAAAACAUCUUAUUAGUAAUUAAUGAAGCAACAUUGAAAUUCUAACUCUAGCUGUCUUCUAAUUAACUCAGCAUCAAUUUCUCACCUCAGACUACAGUGAAUUUUUAUUUCCUAUCAGCUGAAAUAUUUCACAGAUGGAAGCUCAUGUUUCAGUUUUAAUGAUUGCUUUGAAUAAACAAGUUGUUGCCACUUGUUUCAAACAAAAGCCUAAAAAUAAUCUACAUUCAAUUUUAGGCUCCAUUGACUAAUACGGUGUUGCUUUUGGAAGUACUGUAUAUCCUCAAAUGGAAGCCGAAUUGUUAAAUUAUUUGAAGGACACACCACUGUACAGAAAAUAGUGUUUGAAAUAUAAAUCGAAGAACAAAGAGUGCUCCAAAAAAUAGGUCAUUCUUUUAUUUUCAUAAAGUAUCUAAACUGUACUAACAUUCAGUGUUGUGUUUCAUUCUAAAUUUGCAGCUGAAAUAAAUUUAUUUGCAAUAGCAGAAAUAUCUUAUUAUUCAUCCUCAAAAAUAAAGGAUUUGAAGGGAUAGAGAUUAUAUGAUAAAUUUAUAGAAGGCUUUCAGAAUUUGAAUGCAUUUUGUUUAGCAUUAUGAAAUGACAAUAGAAAAGAGUCUCGACUUCAAUUAAAAGUUACCCAAACAAACAAAUCUACAGGCAUGUCUUUACAUACCAUCAGGUCUAAGUUUUCAAAGAAAAUUGUAGAUAUAACUUGCAGAUUACUCAUUACAGUCAUAAUCUCUGCCCAUGUGUAUUGAGAGGGGGCAGUUUGCACGAAAAAGAAUUAUUGGCCCAUUUAAUAAUUCAGCUUUAAAUAGACUUUGUCAUAUGCAUGAAUCAUCAGAGAUGAAACUGUUUGAGAGACUCAUGUGACCUUACGAAAAUUACAACAGCAGUCUUAAAGUAUGAAAAAGAUGCAUCACAGCAGAGACAUUAUGACCCAGUUGACAUCAAAUGUAAAAUGUAAAUGCAUGUAAAUGCACACUUCAUUUUAUGUAUUAUUUAGUAAUUUUCAAUGGUAUGUGUUUAAUAUUUUUGCUACCUACACGUUAGGCAGAAAAAAAGAUGUAAAUAAUUUGGGAGAAAAAGAGGAAGAACAGUGUAAAAUAAAACUUUCUAUAGGUACUCCAUUUCAAUGUAUUCAACAUCAUCCUAAAAUGCAAGAUUUUCCCAUGCAGGUGACAAGGUGGUUUAUGUACUAUUUAAGGGCGGAACGUGCGUGCCCGUUCAAUAAGCAUGUUUUUUGCCAGGUAGGAAAUAUGUUCCAUAUCUGUACUUAUCAUUGCAUUUCAGAUGGGAACUAGAAAAACUGGAGAGAAAAAUGUAAUGAAACUGCUGCUGUAAAUUAUUCCUUUUAGCAUGUAUUCACUUGCUAAAUACACAUUUCUUCAAAA